UUCACAAUGAAUGUGAUCAAUAUUCGGUGGCAAUCCUGCCUGAUUUUUUGCAUUGCGCUCAUUUACUUCGUGUUGACACUGAUAUUCAUUGGCCUUUAUAUAUCUAAAAGUGAACCAAUAUCGCCGCAAACAAGCCAGCUCAAACCAAAACCUAUACAUUCCAAGCUUAAAACAACUGACAAACCAGAAAUCCGCCGCUCUCAGCCGCCAAUCAGUGCCUGGAAGCUGUCUUCAUUGGUUAAAUUUGAUUUAACACCACGAUUUCUGUAUAACGGUGGCCGUAAGGAUGCAAAGUUCGUGAUUGGAGUGCCCACGGUGGUGCGGGCCACGGGGGGAAAUUAUGUGCUGGAGACGAUCAAUUAUUUGAUUCAAAGAAUGUCGCCGGAACAGCACAGCAUUUGCCUGAUUGUGAUCUAUGUGGGGGAGACCAGCCUGGAGUUCGGCAAGUACAUAGUCAGGGAACUGAGAAUGAACCACGCCGAGCAUUUAAAGUCGGGGCUGAUAGAUGUGAUUGCUCCACAUCUGCAUUACUAUCCAAACUUCACGCAGCUCCAUGCCACGCUCCACGACGAUCUGCCAAGAGUUCAGUGGCGAACCAAACAGAACCUGGACUACAUAUACCUAAUGUCCUAUGCCGCACCGAAGGGUUCCUACUACCUGCAGCUGGAGGAUGAUGUGAUGCCCAACGAGGGCUAUUUGGACUACAUGGAGAAGACAGAGUUCAUGCAUAGCAGCUUUCGUUUUGACCAGCAGCCCGAUUGGAUCGUCAUUAGCUUCUCUGAAUUGGGCUUUAUCGGGAAGCUUUUCCGCAGCUCGGUGCUCCACUCGUUUGUGACUUACCUGAAACUGUUUUGUGACCACCAACCCAUCGAUUGGUUGCUCCAGAGCUUUCUGACCCUGCAGAGUUGCCGCUGGGACAGUAUAUCGAAACCGGACUGCCAGCGGGAAUUUGAGUCGAGGAUAAUCCGGGUGGACCAGUCCCAGUUUCAGCACAUGGGCCAGCUAUCUUCCUUGGAGCGAAAGAAGCAGCAUCAUAAGGAUCAUUUUUUCAAUCAAAAUUUGGAAAGGCAACGAUUGCCACAUCUGCGGCAGCCCCUCAACCUGGUGGUCUCCCAUCGCAACUCCCUCCUGCGACAGAAUCUCGACCUGCAACCAGGCGAAACCUUCAUUUGGAUGUACAUGCCGCAGAUGCCCAAGAUAAUCGAGAAUUUGAUAACAACUCAGUACACAAGCUCAGAGCUUCGCAUAAGAAAUCACAAUAAAACAGCCAAGACCCUCUCCGAGUUCAGUGUGCAACUGGUGGAGAAGUUGCCCAUCUUGCAUAAGAAUGCCACUUCAACCAAACUCUGUGGGUUUGUUAUGAGCCACACCAUGAAAGACAGUGACAACUUCAUGUUCUACUAUAUAAAAGAGGAUUCGAAGGAUACUCUGAGCUGGUUUCGUCGCUUCCUUUGGGCUAAAAAUGCCAGUGGAAGGCCACACUUAGAUUGGCUUGUAAAAAAAAUCGUUGCUUUAUUAUUAUAUAUAGCUUAA